AUGGCGUGCACCGUGCUGUCCGCCUUCCCAUACCUCACGCCGGAUGAGUUUGACUGCGCAUGUCGAGCGCUCGUCGAUCGAGCCGGCAGCUGCACAGCCGCCCAAACCGAUGGGGGCUGGUCGACGUUACGACUGGUCUCACAGAAUACUACCAGCCUAAAGAUAACUCGAUGCUUGGAGGUCCAGAUUCCUGCACUGGACGCAGAUCUACACGAACCACAUACACAUACACAGGCACAGGCACAAACACAAGCGCGAGGCCAAGCGCAAGCACUAGAAGAUGAAGAUGAAGAUCCGGAAGCCCUUGUCCGGUCCAAUCUCAAACCCAUUUUACAGAUAGAUUAUGAUAUCGUGCUUUCCCCCACAUAUCAGGUCCCCGUCUUGUAUUUCAUGCUCCGGUGGCACAAUCACCAGGGCCGCGUGGGGCUGGACGCAGUCUAUCAGUACGUGGUACCGGAGCAAUACAGAAAGCAAUUGCAGAGCGUGGGUGUGAUGGGUGGGAUCAGCUUCGGCUAUCAUCCAGAGUCUGGCUCUCCAGCCUUUUUUGUUCACCCGUGCAACACCGUGGAUGCCAUGGCGCGGAUUGCAGACGGACAAAGCGUCACGACCGGGACUUAUCUUCUCAUCUGGCUCGGUCUCGUCGGCCUUUCUGUGAACCUGCACGUCCCCCAUGAGCUCGUUGCCCCAGAUGGUCCCAGCCCAUCUUGA